AUGAGUAUAAAUCAGAAUACACCUAAUAGUAUUAUAGACCUGGUCACACCAGUGACCACUAAUAAUACUAUAGAUCUAGAUCCUACUAGAUCUCACCAUACUAUAGAUCUGAUCACACCUGGUAGUACUAUAGAUCCUGGUACAUCUAAUAGUACUAUAGAUCCUGGUCCUGGUACAUCUAAUAGUACUAUAGAUCCUGGUCCUGAUACAUCUAAUAGUACUAUGAAUCUAGAUACACUUAACACUACUAUGAGUCUGAAGCAAUAUUAUUCCGACCUGGUCACACCAGUGACCACUAAUAAUACUAUAGAUCUAGAUCCUACUAGAUCUCACCAUACUAUAGAUCUGAUCACACCUGAUAGUACUAUAGAUCCUGGUACAUCUAAUAGUACUAUAGAUCCUGGUUCUGAUACAUCUAAUAGUACUAUGAAUCUAGAUACACUUAACACUACUAUGAGUCUGAAGCAAUAUUAUUCCGGCGCAUAG